UGUUAUUACACGGAAUCAACAGGUUUCCUCGACUGUAGUCUCAAGUUUUGUCGGACAAUUUGAUUUAUAGUGCAACCUUGACGCUAGGAACUACCCUCAUCCCUCCACAAAAUCAAAUAAUAACCAUUAUUGCUAAGUUACAAAUGAUGUAGGGUAUCACUCUAACCAAACGUUCUGUUUGUAUUUGUAACGGGUCCUACCCAAUCUUCUAGCAUGUCUCCCCCGACCACUACACUGGAUGGUUUGCCCAAAAAGUUUGUAGCUGCCAUGAGGACAUUGUUUGAUAUUAUGGAUGACAAGCAAAUCGGCUACGUCAGUUUUGAAGACAUUGAAAAUCGAUGGCAUGAUGAUGGAUCAAAAGGAUUACCAAAGGGAGUUCUGGAUAGUCUUCAGAAGGUUACUCCUCCCAAUGGCCUCUUGUCCUUUGAACGAUUUUGUGCUGGUCUCAAAAUAUGUUUGCUACGAAAUCAAGCUGAAACAGGACGCAACAAGUCAUCUGAUGGUGGAGUUCAACCAAUACGACCUCCAUCUGCACCAUUGCUAGAUCUUGACUCAAGCCCACCUCCUGUUUUUCCUGUUUGGACUUCAAAUAAUAUUUCUGGACCGCAACAUCGAGCUGCUAGUAUGCCGCAAUUGUCUCAAGACACCAGGGCAGAGACGGAUUUGCGGAACUAUGUUCAGUUGCCAUCAGAUACAAUUACAUCAGUGCCAGGUGCAAACCCAACAGCUGGUACAAGUAAAGGGCCCUUGUUUGGCCCACCAAAACCUCCCAGAACAGCAGCUGGUCUCCUUGCCUCACGAGAAAGCUUUUCAGGACUUGAUCGCAGUGGAGGAGAUCGCUCUGCUGUGGAAAGAGGGGCACUAGACAAAGCUGAAAUUAGAUCUGCAUUACAGUGCUGGCAACUACGAGCUGCUCAACCAACAUGGAACAACCGUGGAUCUGGAGAUGGUAAACCAGCAUCUAUGAAUGCAAAUAUUAUUCCAGCCCCAGCUAAAGGUGAGGCUGAAAGUACCAGCUCUGUGAGUGCCGCUCAGAAAAGAAGCUCUGGUCGUCGCCGUGAACCCCGUCGUCAUACUCUGCAGAAUGGCAUCGAUUACAAUAUGCUUAAGCGAAUGAAACAAAUGGAACAAGAAAAAGAAGUGUUACUUGAAGGGAUGAAAUCAGUUGAACAAGCUCGUGAAUGGUAUCUGAAGCAAAUUGCCGCAGUCACAGAGAAAAUGAAAUACUUGGGUAGAAUGGGAUCUCACAUGGAACCAUGGAGUGAGACACAGCAGGAACGAAUUCAGUUACAACGGGCUCGAGUUUUAGAAGUAAAUCGACAUCUUGCUGCCUUGACCGAUGGAGGUGAACGUGGAGGAUUUGCACUGCAGUUAAAUCUAGCUGUUCAUGGGUCUCCUGGAGCUCAGCAAUUACAACAUCAAGCCGCAGCAGCUCAGAGAUUUCGACAUCAAAACUUAAUUCUCACUGAGGAAAUUAACAAGAAGAGUGACCGGAUCACCACUCUUGAACGAGAAAAAGCAUCACUAAUUCGCGAGUUGUACUCUGUUCGGAGGCCAUCUCAUCCCCAAAAUGAGCGGGGCUUUGUUUGAUCCAAGUAUGCUUUCCAAGAUAGAUAAAUAUUGCGUAUUUCAUUUCUACUGUGCCAAACUUUUUUUAGAUUAUGUUUUUUGUUUAAUUCUAUGUGCAUGAAACUUUAUAGAAAACAUUGAUUUCCAUUGAGUGUCAAGAGAAUUUUGCUUUCUCUAUCAUCAUAACUCAUAGUGUGAGUGACUCAAAGACACAUAUUUUAUAUUCCACAUUCCAUCUCAAUUUGUUUUCAAUUUCCUCUCAUGAUACGUAGUCCAGUCCUCAUCCAAUCGCCAAUCAAAAUCUUGAGAACCUGUAUGAGGCGACUUCACUUGUGUCGACUCAAUUGCGCAAGCACAGGGGGCUGGCAUUGUUUUUUAACACUUUUCUUCUAGGUUGACCAGGGGAGGCCUGAGCCAGCAGGGUUACCACUUGGCAUCGGCAUUAUUGACCGCACUCCCCCUUCGGUCCAAUCAAUCUCUUAAGGGGGCAAACCUGUGAAUCGCAAGGGUUUGGGAGUUUAUUUAUUAAACAAAAACUACAAAUCGUAGGGAAAUGGAUGAGAGACCAUCUAGAGAAAGAAUUGGACUACAGUUUGAUAAAUAGUGCAGCAGUAUAACCCUCUGGGAACGUGCUCUUCUUCGGCUUGAACCGGAUGUGUCCAAUACUUGGUGGCGUGCACGAUUUCGGCCAAACGGAAAGACCUGCCAAAGGUGAAAAAAUUGUCAUUUACUUUUGAAAGAUCUCUCUAUUGCGUGACGAGAGCGAUUUAAAAAAUCUUGAUUCUUAACAUUUUUUUGAAAAUGCCAAAGUCUUAGCAUGAAAAGUUGGGUUGAAAAUUUGCUACGUUUUCCCCAGUUUUAGAACCUGAAAUGUGGCUAGUCGAAAAUCGCUCUCGUCACGCCAUAGAGGUAUCUUUUUUAAGUAAAUGGCAAUUUUGUUCACUGUCGCAGGUCCAUCUGUUCAGCUGGAAUCGUGAAUGCCACCAGGUAGUGUACCUGUCUGGUUAUGCUCAAGAAGGCCAUGUUCCCGCAGGUUUACAGUUCUCUACCAUAUAUUCAAUUGAAGCCAAAUUUUUCCUCAAUUAGAGGGUCCUUCGUCCAUUUCUCUGUGAUUCGUAGUUUUAGUUUAAUGAAUAAUCUCCCAACCUGUGCAUUAUACGAUUUUAAACAAUUUUAUAAUAAGGCAGUUUUGUCUGUGUUAUAAUCAUCCCUAAAUUUGUGUACUGCUUUUACCUCUUAGUGAAAUAUUCCUUAUUAUGUAUCUUAAUUCUUAGUAAACAGCAACAUGUUUGUUGACAGCAUACUUAAAUUUGUACUCUGUGUGAUAUACAUUGAUAUUUCAAUUGUGAUUGUAAAACCGUCCAGAAAAUAUUGUUUCACACCAAUCAAUUGUGAUAAGGUUUAACUUGUUACCAUAUUCAAAAUUUGAUGUGGUGCAUUUUAUAAUUCUUUAUUUUAUGUGUGACAUCAAAAUGUCACAUAGUGUUGCUUGAUUAGAUUUGUAUUGUAUGUAUUUGCUCAACACUUCAAAAAUGUUUAUAUCAAUUUUGAAAUGAUCUACUAUGGGUGUGGUUCAAUUUCACCUGGCAAAUUGAUCUUAAAUAUGUGUUUAGUAUUCCUGUUAAGUUUGAUUUGCCUUUUUCUCCAUUGUGUUUGGAAUCUCUUAUGAUCUUUGCUCAAACAUCAUGUAUUGUGACUUAAUCCCUAUUUAAUCAAUAGAAACAGAACCUUUUUCUAUCUUUAGUUUUGGACAUGAUUCUAAUUACGUAUGUACCCUGUUAUUAUUUGUUUAUGUGCCAUGGAUCACUGAGGGUUUUUGUUGGAUCUGCUUCUUUUGUUUAAUUUUACUCGCCUCUAAGCAUUUUAUUUCUUGUUCCCUGUUUUCUCUUUCUUUUUGUCUCUAAAAUUUUAACUUUGAGAUUUUAAUUAGGUAGUCUCCUGCUAGGAAUUUGAUGUACCAGUUAAACUUGCCAUUAAGUGUUCUAUUGUUGUAGCAGAGGUGGUGGUGAUUUGAGUAAAAGAUGAAACUGAAAAGUGUGAAGUCUCAGCUCAAUGAUCUGUGUUUUUCAGGGGUGGUAAAUUAAGACUUCCGUUCCUUGUCAUUUUUUUUAUUGCAAUAAACCCCAAAGCCAGGAAAGGUAGUAAUUCGGUAGGAGAGGUAUAAAAUAAUGUGUCAGAGUUCAUUUUCAUCGUAACAUUCUUCAAAUUUCAACUCCAUGAAUGAUGAAGAACAAUGCAAUGUCUUAAUUUUCCACCCCUGCUAUUUUUUUUAAAUACUUUUUUACUUGCGGUAAGUUGUUGUUUGUUUUUUUGUUUUUGUGUUUUUUUUAGAUCUGUCCGAGUUUCUUUCCAAAUUAAAUAUGUCAUGUCUAAAUUCGAAA